AUGAAGGUAACUCCUGUGCUUAAAAGGCUGGUUCUACCAAAAAAAGAAGUGUAGUCACUGGAAGAAAAGGAGAAAGAACUUAUAUCAUCAGGCACACGGUGUUGCUAGUGCAAUAGAUCCAGAAGGUAAUAAAUACCCUUUUCCUUCCUGAAUCUUGUUUCUUACGUAUAAUGCUUGGUAGUCCAUAAUCCAGCAUGAGGUUCACUGAAUCUUAUUUGUGUAUGGAUUAAAUUGCCACAUUUAUCAUGGUUAAUUCAGAGCAGUGUCCUUUCAGGCUUAGCUAUGAUGUCAAAAAGCAAAGGAGGGAGCUGUCCUAGUAUUUUUGGAACUGCUGUACAAGCCUUGCUGUGUUUGGUGAUAUGCCUGUCAUACAUAGCCAACUAGAGCAAGGUUCUCUUCUGCCAACUGCACCACAUUUAGCUGUGGAAAACUGGAUUUAAAACUCAGUGAAUUUAUGUAGCCGGAUGGUGUAUGGAUUCUCUUCUCGAGUCUGAGCGUGGGGCAGCCUUUUGUCUUCAUAUAAGAGAAAAACCACUGGGCUGGCAUAGACCAGCAGAUAACUUCUCUGAAAAAUGUGUAACAGCAUACCUUUCUGUAUAGCAUGCAUUGUAUCUCUUGCACAACAGUCUUCAUGAAAAAUCUGUUGCCACCGGGAAUGUUUAUCCUGGCAUGCUGGUAUAAUUGUUUACUAACUAUGUGGUUCUUACUCAGUUAAGAUUUAAUAAGGGGCACACAAUCUUUCAAAUUGCAUCUCAUUGCUUUCCAUUGUAGAGGAAACUGCACUGCAGUACUUGAGGAGAGAUGUGGUCUCACGUGUAAUACUAGCUUUCCACAGCAUUUGUACAGUUUAAAACAGCAUAGACUCUCCUGCUCAGAAACCAACAAACCAAUUAGGGUUUUAUGAAAACACCUGAGUCAAUAGGCAUGAAAUACUGCUUUCAGAGAAGUGUACUACUCACAUAUGCAUGGUCUAUGGAGACUUGUGACAGUUCUGAUUUUCUCUACAAGAACCAAACCAAACAUCAGGGCCAGCACUGAUAGUGUUUCACCUCUGCUAGUUCAAGGUUCCUCAGCCAUUUGUAGAAAAAUCCCCAUGAUGCAGUGAGAGGAACCCUUCCACAGAGGAUGUACUGGGAGACCAUGUCUGCAGAUGCCCUGCUCUGUGGGUGUUGGAGAAAGAAGCACAGGAAGCAUGGUAGUAAAGUCAGGAGGAGAGAAGGAGCUCGGCUACAAGUUUGGACUCAGAUGGACUGUCUGUUGACCACAAGCCCAGGGUACCUGUACAGUUAGCUGCUUUGGUAGUUUGGGUCUAUACCUGUGGAUAUUUUCUAAAAAAAUAACAAUACAAAAGAAGUCAAGAAAUGGCAUAGCCAAGGUAUGACUUCACACAGUUUUGCCUAACACAGGUCUAGAGGUGGGCACCCUCCAAGUCUAAAGUUAUUUCAUCUACUUUUGAAUCUUCACAAUAUACUGAAGCAGAAGGGGGUAAUGCUACUUCCUCUGAGACCUGCAAGCUCCAGAAGAUAAAUAAUUUAAACCAGAGUAUUUUUAAGUAGACAGAAUGAGACUGCGCUGCUAUCCUCCAUCAUCUGAUCCUUCAAGUUUCUUUUAAUCAUUUUAGGAAAUAAUAUGCAGAUUCUGUUUUCAGCUGGACUUCCAAGCACUUGCCAAAAAAAGAUCAAUGCUUGCAUUAAAAAACUUUCUUAGCAGAAACUUGUUUCUAGGAAGGUUCAUGCAAAUUGGGUGCUCUUUCUGCAAAAAUCUUGUCCUGUCCCCAGCCCGUAUCAGAUGGGGUAUUAGGGAAACAAUGUGGUUAUAAUAUGAAGAAGUAAUUCUAAAGAGAGAUACAAGCCAACAAUUAAGGUUUCACACUUUAAAAUGAGCUGAAAAACAAGUUUAGUACUUGUCCUGUCCAGACCCCAAACAGCACAUGGUGAUAUUUUUUCUUGCUCUCUGUGAGUGAUAGAAGAUGUAGUCUACAAAAUACACUUUGUUCUCUUUUUAGGCUCUUCUGGACUAGUUGGAUACAAAAAAAAAAGUCUCAGUAUGGGAGCUUCUGUACUACAUUUUUACCAAAAUGAUUUGUUUCACUCCUCAGGGGCUCCCUGAGAAGGGAUAAGGAGCAAGGAGCCGGCUUAGCUAUACAGCUGCAUCUGAAGCACAGGUGCUCCUUUAUUGUUAUGUACCAGGAAGCUGUAAUUACACCACACCUCCUGCAUUUAGCCUUGUUUGGGACACCAACCUUUGAACUCGUAUUUGAUUUUUAUCUGUACAGCCACAUUCAGGAUUGGCUUGGGUAGGGCGGUUCUUAACACGUACUGUUCAAGUGCUAUUCUAGGUUAUAGAACUGUGUUGAUCAUUUUAUGCUAUUACAGGAACUGAGAUGUCUUCACUAAAUGAUGUCACUAUGGAAGAAAUACUGCUGGAAGACAAUGAGCAAGACAGCAUAGAAUACAGGAUCCUCAUGGCCUAUGCCCAACGGAAGUUGCCAGCCAGUAAAUAUAAGAAACUUCUGAAAAAUGAGACGAAAGUGCUGAAAACAUCAUCGGUAAUCAGGAGUGAAGACGAGAUCCAACCUCAAGGGGAUAAAAGUGGUCCAAGCCAAACAUCAGAAUUGCAGCAUGACACAAAGAAGCAGAAAAGCAAAAAGCAUCCCAAACAAAACUUCUUGUCAAGAUAUUGUCUGCCCUUAUUAUGCAGCAGAGGAGAGCAGCUAAGCCCCACAAAAACAUAUGCACUCAAUACUCAAAUGGAAGACUUGUCCACUUCUGACACCUGCACUGAGCGCCCUCAAAAUAGGAGUUUUCAGGAGCAAAGUGAAAAAGCAGAUGUCAGCCACAUUGUAGACAAACUCUCCAAGCUUGUUACUACCAGGUCUCAGCCAUCUCCUUCAGAUGUGACAUUCAAGAUGCUGAUGCAUACCCGGUCUCUGGAACAAGAUGGCAGAGAUACUACUGAUGAAAAUGAGGGUGAAGGAAAUGAUGAAGAAAAGACAAUACAAACAAUAGUUGCACUGUUAAGAAAAUCAGGGGAUCAGCUAGAAGAAAAGUUCAAAAAGGACAGGAGUUUCUAUCAGCGUUUUGAAGAUAUGCUGUCCUAUGCCUUCUUUGAGAGGCUCACCGAUUUGUUCCUGGAGAAUGUCUCAGCAGAUUCCACAAACGAGACAGAAGACCAGCUACAAUGCACCAAAGUUGCCUUCACACUGGAAGUUGCCACCAGACUUACUGCUGUGGACAACCAUCCUAUGAACCUGGUCAUGGGCUUUGGAUUGAAGUACCUCCAAGAACACUUCAGUCCCUGGAUUCGUGACCGUGGUGGCUGGGACAAGGCUUUGAGUUCACUGGAUCAAGAAGAAGUAGAAUAAUCGUGACCGAGUUCGUUCUUCGGGGUGCCUGAGCUUAUAGUUAAGGAACACGCAGAAUCUGAUGCCAUUGGCUACAUAUUUUUAUUUUUCAUGUGGAAUGUCUGGCUGCUGCAUUUCUAAGUCUGAUGGGUACAAUAGCACUUUCUCAAAGUAGGUAUUGAUGUGCUUUCUAGUGGAUAUAAACGCACUUUCAACUUCCCUGGAGUACUCAGCCCCAUGGACAGUGAUUUCAGAUAGAUUUCUGAGUAGAGUUUCUUGCGACUGCUCCUACAGGUGGAUGAUAAAAUGCAAAUGGGAGGAAAAGAAGGGUACACAAUCAGGAACCACUGGAGUCAAUAAACCAUCAACCAAUCAAGAUUUGCACUGCCAGUUAUGUGUGGUUCAUAGUAGUAUCGCCAGUUACCAGUCCCACGGCGCCUUGUUAAUAGGUGUGCCUACAUACUACUGUCAGUCUUGCCUCUCUCUCUCCCUUUCCCUGAUUAGUUUCUCCAAAGUAUUCAUGCCAUCUUAUAAUUCUGACAGAGACUGAGAAAAGUUAAUGGAGACUAUUUGCUCCAGUGCCUUCCACGUUCAGCCAAGAUAAUAGACUUGAUCUACCUUAAGAUGUUUUAAUUUGAGUUCUUUUCUUUUUAAAACUCUUCAAAGCAUAAUGCAAUAGAUGUUGACUUUUAUAUCACUAUUUUUUCCACUGGAGUGGAAAAUACAAACAUGGUGAGAGAUUUGUUAUCCAAGAAAUUUAAAACUUAAUCCUACUGUGUGUUUCCCAUUAUAGAAAAGAAGAUUGAUGCUGUGUUUAAUCUCAGGGAUUUCUCAAUAAACAGAACUGUACUUUCAGUCAUCGAAGAUGAACAAACUCAUUAGAGUUCCUGAAUCUGUAGGUGUGGCAGAGGGAGGAAUAGCAGCUUGUCAUUUAAAGCAGAGAUGUGUUCCAGUCAAACUAUUCAUGAUUUUAAGUCUUGACUUGUGAAACAUUUAGUCAUGACUUUUGGAUUUCCAUCACCUGAAAAUCCUCAGUGGAUGGAGAGGGAACUUGGAACAACUGCUGAAGCUGUACCAUCAUGGCAUUGCUCCUGUGAUUUUCCAGUAAAAAGAAUUAAUGUUUCCUGAAAACGCUCUCUGUCCCUCUUCUAUUACAGGUACUCGUUCUGACUGUACAGGUAUGUUAACUAUUGAAAUUGCAUGAGGAACUUACUAAGAAAUCAUGAAUUUGAAUGAAAGUGAUAAAAAGCAUUUUAACUGGGUGUGUAAAAUAUGCAGUGCCAUAAAAGAUGAAGUAUCUUCCUAAUAAACCUUAAACUUUCAACUUA